UCUCGAUUCAUUUACAUAAGAUAUGAACGGAGCCCAAAAUUGUAAGUCUUUAAAUAUAUUCGUGUUCAUGUGUGAACAGUUCCGUAAGGUUCUCGGCCAGAUAGUGCGUGGGCCGGCCCGAGUAUGUAGCUAAUAGCUAAUCGCAGCAAAGCAAAAAUUUGCAAGUGGAUCAACCGGUGGCAGUGGGCCAAACUCGUACUCCGUGCGCAGAUAAUCAAAUUCCGCAAGGCAGUCCGUCUUUAAUUGCUGCUUUUGACUGGAAGUGGCGGCGGAAGCUAGUCCGCGCUAGAUUCGUGCACUAGCAUCUGGGCAGGAAAACUGCAGUACGGUUGUAAAACCUGAUAUUGCUCCAGCUCUAACUCUAGCUCCAACUCUACGCUCCAGCUGCAGCUGGAAUUAAAACAACAACAGACCAGCCAGUGCGAUCGAGCCCACAAAAGAGACGGCGACAAAACAAAGAAGCGGGCGAACAAAGAACGCGCAGCAACAAAAGAACGAAGGAACACAGAGGCACAGGCACACCAGCACUGAUACAGACAGCAGAUACAAAACGAGUCUGUCGCACAGAUACAUCUCAUAGGUGGGGUGCAUCCAGCAGGAGCAUCUAUCGGUAGGGGAGCGAAACGAGACCCGAAAAAACCCAAUAAACACGACUGUGUUCAGCCAGCGUUAACGCGACGAAAUUGUUAAUUAAGACGCCAAAUGUUUGGCAGACUUCGAAAGUGCGGAGCACUGAACAGCGAGUAAACAACGAGAAAGAGAGUGGCAGAGAACGCCAGAUAAGCGCGUGUGGGUGCAGUUCGUCUCCGAGAGAGUGGUUCCGAUUCCAACGGAGCGCGCACGUUUGUGUUGCCCACCGAAAAUCAGCUGGUGCCCAAAGCUCAUUCCAAGUGCACGCUGAUCGUGACCGCGCUCUCUGCAAGCGCUCUCCAGCUCAGUGCCACCCACUCACCCCCUUUCUAUCGCCACGCAUCACGUUAUCAGCCAAUGCCUCUUUUCUGCAACUGAAUCGAAGAGGAGGAGCGCAGAGGGAAGUACGAACCAUUUGCGAUCUCGAGAGGUCGACAACGUGCAGCGACAGACUAUCUGAAAACAAUGUCACAUACCAAAGAUGCAGAGAUGCCCAUGCCAGCUCGGCAGGAAUCUGAUCGUACAGCGGCCCCAUCCGUUCCUAAAUCCCUCACUCUGAACUCCACACGGAGUGGGGUGGGCACGGGAAACUUCGGGGGAUACGGCAUGACGAACGGGGCCGAGAAACCUUCUGUGCUGCACAUGAUAAUGGAAGCCUUGGGUCUGCGCAAUCAGGCUCAAAACCGCGAGCCAACAUCCAAGGAUAUUGGAACGCUGAUAAUGCUAGGCGUAAUGUUUUUGCUCUUUGUAAUCAGCGUGACCGGAUUCUUCGUAAUGUGGUUCACCGAAUAUUACAACAACACCAUUCUGGAGAACCUGAUCCUGGCCGAGAACUCGGAUACCGCUAAUAGUUGGCUUAACCCCGAUCCUAAGUACGACACUUUGCUAAAGGCUCACAUUUUUCACUACCCCAACAUCGAUGACUACUUAGCAGGGCGGGCCGAUAAAAUAAAGGUCGUGGAUGUGGGACCUCUCACCUACCAGGAACACACUGUUAAAGAUGAAGUUUCCUUUAACAAAAAUUUCACUGUUAGCUUCAGGGACCGCAAGUCUUAUAAGUUUCUCCCGGAAAAGUCGUCUAUUGGGGAACACGAAGUGGUUAGGGUGCCCAAUGUGCCCCUUAUCUCUGCCGCCGGACCAGUUAAGCGCAUGAAGGCUUUUGAACGCUUAGCUGUAUCUACUUGGAUCAAACAAUUCAAGGAGCCUCUCUUUAAGGAGCUUACGGUUUCCGAAUAUCUCUGGGGUUAUGAGGACAGCAUUAUCAAGUUGAAAUCACUGGGCAGAGGCCGGCGACGAUUUGGUCUUCUGAUGAGCCGCAAUGGGACUAGUGUGGAUUCGGUCCAGCUUAACACAGGCGAGGACGACAUCACCAAGUUCAGCAUCAUUACCCAGUUUAACGGCAUGCCCCAGUUGGACUACUGGGAGGGCGAUGAGUGCAAUCGCAUCGACGGCUCCGAGCCUUCUAUGUUCUCACCGCAUUUGCUGCAGGAUCGCAGCACCGUUAAUGUAUUCCUCCAGGUGCUGUGCCGCAAGGUGCCGCUUCACUUCGAAAAAGAGGUUACCAUCUACAACGACAUUGAUGUUCUGCGCUACCGGACGCCAAUGGACGUAUUCAGCCAUCCCUCCAAAAAUCCUGCGAACCAGUGCUAUUGUCGCAACACUGAACUGUGCUUGCCCAGCGGAGUUAUCAACGCCACCAAGUGCUACGGAGAUGCGCCCAUUUUUCCCUCGUUCCCACAUUUCUUCACGGGCGAUCCGGUGCUGUACCAAGACUUUGAGGGUAUUGAACCAGACGCAGCAGUGCAUCAAACCUAUGCCGACAUCCAUCCUCGAUUCGGUUUUCCAAUUAGCGGCGCGUCCCGUGUCCAGAUAAACAUAAUGCUGGACAAGACGCCGAUAUUGAGAAAUCAGGGCGGUAGAUUGAAGAACACUACCAUCCUUCCUCUUAUGUGGAUCGAGAUUACGUCGGGAGACUUUUCCGAGGAGGUGCUCCACACGCUGUACUUAAGCACCUUUGGUCUAAAUGCCAUUCAGCAAACUCUUAAAUACGGCACCCUGCUCAUAUCGGUGACAUCGUUCAGCCUGAUCGUAGCCGGCGUCUAUUACCUGAACAGCAGGCGGGAGGAGCAGCUCCAGGAGAGCAAGACGUCCGCUGAGCUGGAGGCACUGAACGGCGGUGAGAACAUCAUCGUUGUGCACCACAUUGACAUGCCCGUUCCACUGCCCGUUCAAGAGGGGGGCAACCAUCAGGGAACGUAA